AUGAAAUUUUUAGGAACUUUAAUUUCAUUAUUUUUAAUAUUAUCAGUUUCAUUUGGCCAAAUCCCAAAUAAUUUUGAAAGUGGUUUUUUCCUUACCAAUGAAACCACCGAUGCAAAUUUAUUUUUCUUGUUUUACCCAGCUCAAACCCAAAGUAACAAUCUUUUAAUUUUCCUUUCAGGGGGUCCAGGUUGUUCAUCAGAAUUAGCAGCCUUUUUCGAAAAUGGUCCAUACUUUGUCAAUCCAAAUUUAACUUUAUAUUCAAAUCCAUAUAGUUGGAACACAGUUGCUAAUGUUCUCUAUAUCGAUUCACCAGUAGGAACUGGUUUUUCAUAUCCGUUGGUAAUGCUAUGGUCGACCCAUACGUCCCAAUAUGGUUCACUUGGUCUCUAUGCUUAUACCCAUUCUUUAAUCGAUUAUGAACAAUAUAUCGAAACUCAAGGUUUAUAUGAAUCAUGUAAAGCUGCCAUCAAAAGUGGUGAUUACAAUAUGACCUCAACUAUUUGCAACCAAAUUAUGUCUGUUAUUCAAGAAUAUGCCGGUGAUUUCAAUCCAUAUGAUGUUACUAAAACUUGUCCACCAUCAGAACCACUCUGUUACGAUUUUACCCCAGUUUCAAACUUUUUAAAUCAAGCUUCAGUUAAACAACAAUUAGGUGUUUCAUCAAGCUCUGAAUGGAACCUUUGCAAUACCACUCCAUAUAACGAAAUUAUUCACGAUUGGUUCAACUCACCAAUUGGUUAUAUCCCAACUCUUUUAGAAAACUAUAAGGUUUUAGUUUAUUCAGGUAUCAAUGGAUGGAUUUGUAACUUUAUUGGUAGUGAACAAUGGAUGGGUCAAUUAGAUUGGACAUACAGCAGUCAAUAUAACAAUGCUCCAAGACAUAUCGUAUACAUUGAUCAACAAAUUUCAGGUUAUUAUCAAUCAUUCGACAACCUUGCUUUCUUCUCCAUCAAUGGUGCAGGUCAUAUGGCACCACAUGAUCAACCAGCUACCACUCUCGAAAUGGUUAAGAUGUUCUUAAAUGGUACCAUCUAA